UCUCCAGCUCGACUCCAUUCACUAUGAUGCUCGACUCCUAGCGAGAAGCUCCUCCGCACCCGACAUCCGUUGUAAGAGGAAAACUGAAUGAAAUUCAGGAACACUUCUUGACUAGAACUAACUUUUGUGCAGCCAGCGUGAAGCAAACCUGAAGACGUCGCCUCAGUGCAUUCAUCAAGACUUUAUUUUGGGGGCACUUUUAGUAUUAAAGUUUUUAUUCCCUAAAGCUUCCCCCCAAAUUUUUCUCCAGAAGACAUCGAAAUAUUCUUUAAUCUUCUUCGAAAGGAAAAAAAAAGUCAGAACAAUUAUUUUACACAAGAGUAUUUGACUUUAUUGGACUGCUGCAAGUUUUAUUCGUGGACUGAAAUCUCGCAGUAAAUCGCCUGGACCGCUCGUAUAUGUGAUUGGCUUAACAAGUACCUUUAUUCUUCAGUGAGAGAUCAUGGAGCGCGACUCUACCGCGGGAGGGGCGGAGGACCUGCUCCUGGAAGACAAAGUUUCAAAACUGCGCGCAGGAUCGCUUCAUAAACACGAGCUAGCGGAGGCCAUGGAAGUGGAACAGGAAGGACUGGUAGAACAUCAGCCUCUGGAGCAGGACGACCUUAACUUUGAGAAAUGGAAGCCCAAGCCAAAGCCCAAGAGGACGCUGCAUGAGAAAAUCGACGACUUAAAGACUUACCUGUGGAACGCAGAGACUAAGGAGUUUAUGGGCCGCUCGGGGAAGAGCUGGAGCCUUAUUCUGCUCUUCUACUCAGCGUUAUACAUUUUCCUUGCGGCCAUGUUUGCUGGUUGUAUGUGCUGCCUGAUGUGGUCAAUUAGUCCAUAUGCUCCCACCUACAAUGACAGAGUGAUGCCACCAGGUAUGACAAUGUUUCCACAUGUAGAUGUAGCUCAUGGCUUUGACAUUGCAUUCAACGCCUCUGACCGAAGCUCGUGGAAGAAGUAUGCGAAAGCACUGGAAGCCCAUCUGAGACCCUAUGAAGAUACAGUGCAGGAUAGGCGGAACAUUCCGUGCGAAGGCAAUACGUAUUUCAUGCAAGACGACUUGGAGGAGAGCGCCGAGCGCAAGGCAUGUCAGUUUAAGAGGUCCUGGCUGGGUGAAUGCUCCGGCCUGCAGGACAAAGAUUUCGGCUACUCAAAAGGGAAACCCUGCAUCCUCGUCAAAAUGAAUCGGAUUCUCGGGUAUCUGCCUGGUCAAGGCAUACCAGUAAAUGUUACAUGUGGAGUAAAGAAAGGGUCAACUGAAGGCCUCGGCGAAGUCAAGUUCUACCCAAACAAUACCAGUAUCUUCAACUUGCGGUACUAUCCUUAUUAUGGGAAACUGAGACAUGUAAACUAUUCUUCCCCACUGGUGGCCGUGCGCUUUCCUAGCGUCCAGUAUGACACCCAACUACACGUUCAAUGCAAACUAAACGGCAAGGGCAUCAUCAACGAUUCACCAACUGACCGUUUCCUGGGUAGCGUGUCUUUCACUUUACAAGUUGGUGCGUAGGGUGGCAGUAGACCUAGAGAAAUUGAAAUUAAAAUUCUCAGAGUAUGUUAUAAUAAAUGAAAUAGCACACUGGGUGUUGUCUUUACCCAUUAGCCCUCUGAUUAUGCCUCCGACAGCCACUGUGCUAUUUGUGUCAGAGCUACACUACUUUUUCAAACAAGGAAUUUCCCAGUAAGCAAAGACUGAGAUUCAUAGAUCACAUGCUAGAGACUGACACCUGCCAGGAUUUCAUUAUAGGAUAAAAUGAAGAUAUGUCCAAAUACAUGUAGGUUGCAAUUAUAGCUAUUGAGGCAUAAUCACUCAAACGUACGGUCUACAAUGAGACGUAGGCAAAACAAUUCUCUAGAUCUGUAGAAUUAACAUUUAUUAAACCUUUUGAUCAGUUCUUUUGCUAAGUCAGAUGUGUAUAUAACACAAAUUAAAACAGAAAGUAUUUUUUUAUGAUUUUUCUUUCAUUAAGUCUCCUUUAAAUUCCCCCUCUGGAUGAAGAAAAAGGCCGAAAACGACUUAACAUUAUUCUUUUGCUUGCUCAUUUAUUUGAAUAACAAUCAGACGUUGUUUAGAAUUAAUUGAUUGUACAUUUUUGGACUAAAUUUUUCUUUCCUUUUUGUUUUUUUUUUUUUGGAUGUGCAACUAAAUUGAUUCCAGAGGCAAAUGUAUUUUACUGAAAUGCAGGAUAGAAAUCCCAUUUCAUCAUUUUCACAGAGCUUCGUAAUGAAAUACAAGUUGAUCUUUCUUUUGUCAAGCAUGCAACCAGUACUUCUUAUAAACUAAAUAGAGGAUGUCACAUAAUUCAUCUCUGAGUGAAAAUAUCUGCUCAGUUGCCUGUAAGGAGGAUUUCAACAGUAUUAUUUAUUAAUUGUAUUUGAAUAUAUUGACAUGGUACAAACAGUUACAAAGUGUAAUAGUGAGAUGGAAAUUGGUAACUGCACAUCUUUGUUAUUCAGUAAAUACGACGAAAUAUCCACUGGCUGACAAAGAUUUGCCAGCUCAUGUUUUUAAACGCACUCAUGUUCUAGCAUAAACAAUAAAGAUGGAUGAGAAUUAA